UCGGUAGAGAGAGAUAUGGGGCUGGCGGGUUUUCUCGAGUUCCUCUUCUCAGCAGGGUUUCCCCGGAUCAUGCCUCCGUGCAGAAAAUCCUCUGAUGCAUCCGUACCUGCAAUCUUCUCCGGGUCUGCAACGGUCGGCGACUUCGCCUCUUGUUUAGAGUACCUUCCAGCUGGAGCAUUAAUUUGGGGUGUGCUGUCGCUUCCUUCCAUCAGCAUUUCAGGUGGGAUUCCUCGAAUAUGGAUCCAGAAUGUGAUUGAGUCGAAAGUGAUUUCCUCCAGUGACAUUCUCCUGUCCCAGGGCUCGAUCAUCAGUCUUGAAGAAGUCGUGGUAUGAUGGCUUUUGGCGGUGGGGGUUUAAAGCCGAAAGGCUUAAUAAGGAGGGUUAGAGGGAUUUCUUCUUGUACUUCUUCCUCAUUGGACGGCAGAUCAAGAGGUUCCUGAUCGUGGGCCAUGGACAUCUGUGAGCCGAAUAUCUCUGCCAGGGAGUUUUCCAGGUCGGUGGGAUCCAUUGGUGGUGGGGUAUCUUGUGGUUGCGGGUUUAAGAAUGGUAGCUGGGUGUUGGUUAUGGCUUUGGUGGAGGUUUGCUGGAGCUGGGCGUUGCCUUGGUUGUAGAGGCUUGUGUUUUGGGUUAGUGAAUGCGGUUAAGAGAGCAGGCAGAAUGUAGGUUGUGGGAGUAAAUUCGUGGGAGGUCUGGUUGUUGCAUGGAGAUGGGUGAACAAAGGGAGAUGUACUUCGAGUUGUUGGAGUUGAAGGUUGUUGCAGUUCUUUGAAUGGCGAUUCCUGCAUUUCUGCGAUUGGAAUUAAAGGGUGUUGCAGAUCAUUGAAUGUAGAUUCCUGCAUUUUAGCUGCUGAAGAUCUCCUGGAUUGUCUGGUGAACGAGGGAGGAGGAGGAGGAAAUUGCUUCCAACAAAGGGACUAGGAGAGAGAAGCUCUCAACUUAGGAGAGAAGCUCUCAACUUAGAAGCUCUCCCAUGUCAGUUGGGGUUGCUAUGCGUUUCCAUCUUCCGGUUUUGCAUUCAUCACCUAUUUCGUCCUUGAAAUAUCAUUUUGUCUACCAUAUUAGUCCAACCAUUAUCCAGCCGUGAAAUCCUUAAUGGAAAAUUAACGUGGCGUCCUACAUGGACGCAACGAUGUUAACAACUCGUUUUUUUAGUCCCAAACAAUUAACGACGUCGUUUUCGGUCUCCUAACAACUCAAAUUAAAUCCAAAACGACGUCGCUCAACCUGAACUCCCAUGCCUUUGCGGGCCACUCGAUAAGGACAAGACCCCAAAAUCCGCCGACCCACUUGGCCCGACCUCGCGGGGACUCGACACCCUCAAGACCCUGCUCCUGGAAAACAACUCCACCACCUGCCUAACUUCAAGGUCCUGCCUUUCAGGAAGGGUUGGCCUUUGGCCAACUCCUCCUAGGAUACCGGCGGGAACGAUUCGGGCCUCACCUGGCACCUGAGUUGGGUCAAUCUGGGGAAGUGCAGGACCCUGUUAACCAAUUUCGGGAUUGAGAUGAGUUGCAAGCUGUUCGUCUAUCUGUGUUCUAGGGCGGAGGGUGAGACUUACUGGGCAAUCGAUGUUUUAGGGGAAGGUGACGGGAUGGUUGGUGAGUUGGGUGGAAGAUGAGCCCUCUCGGACCUCCUGUGCUACUCGUGGCUCCCCGGGCUACUAUUCAUCUUCUUCAAAGAAGAAGAUAAACAGUAGAUUUCUUUUUUUCUUUUCCCUUCUUUUUUUUAAUUUGUUAUUAUCGGAAUCCCAACAUAACGUCGUUUCGGGAUUAUUUGGGGCUGGGAAGAGACCGAAAUUGACCCCGUUGUAUGUUUGGAAUUAAAAAAGCGUCUUGUUAACGUCAUUGCGUCCA